AUGCUACUAUGCUCCUGUAUUUUCUGUGGUUCAUCAUUGUUCUUGUUCUUUGUUGAAUUGUCUCUAUUUACAAGAGUUUGCAAUGCGGUGAUAAGGUUGCAUCCAUAUUUGCUUAAGAAACCCGAACCUGUUACAGAAAACUCUACAUAUCAAAGAUGGAAGUGGUUCAAGGAAAUGACAAUUGAUCCAUUCAAGAACCGCUUUGAACUAGACGAGGGAACUCGAGAUGUCGGAGAUGGAGACGAUGAUAAUAUCACUUCUGUUGGUGUGAUGGAAAAAAGCAGAAACUAUUGCAACCGGACAAUAACUGAAGAUGCGAAGCUCGUGGAAGCAUUGGUAAAUAUGGUGAAUAUGAGAGGAUUUAAAGCCGAUAAUGGUUUUAAAUUUGGAUAUUUACAACAUCUAGAAAACACAUUGAAGGAAAAAAUUCCUAGCUCUAGCAUAUUGGGUAAACCCCACAUUGAGUCAAGGAUCAAAACCAUGAAAAAGGAUUGA